AUGAUCAGCAGUGACACUACUUUCGUCAACUUCGUCAGCGUCAAAUCCGCCAGAGUCAACUUUGUCAACAUCAACAUCGUCAGCGUCAACUCUGUCAGCGUAAACUUCGUCAGGGUCAUCUCCGCCAGCAUCAACUCCGCCAGCAUCAACUCCGCCAACGUCAACUCCGUCAGCGUUAACUUCGUCAGCGUCAACUCUGUUAGCGUCCACUCCAUCAACUCCGUCAGCGAAAACUCCAUCAACUUUGUCACAUCAACUCUGUCAGCGUCAACUCUAGCAACUUCUUGAGCGUCAACUCCAUCAGCGUCAACUCCAUUAACUCCGUCAGCAUCAACUCCUUCUGCAUCAACUCUGUCAGCGUCAACUCUAGCAACUUUUUGGGUGUCAACUCUAUCAACUCCACCAGCGUCAACUCCAUCAGUGUCAACUCAAUCAACUCCAUCAGCGUCAACUCCAUCAACUCCUCAGGAAUCAACUCCGUCAGCGUCAACUCCAUCAACUCCUUCGGCACCAACUCCGUCAGCGUCAACUCCAUCAACUUCAUCAACUCCCGUCAACUCUAUCAACUCCUUCACCAUCAACUCCGUCAGCAUCAAAUCCAUCAACUCCGUCAGCAUCAACUCCAUUAACCCUGUCAGUGUCAACUCCGUCAAAUCCUUCAGCAUCAACUCCGUCAGAAUCAACUCUGUCAGCGAAAACUCCAUCAACUCCAUCAGCAUCAACUCCGUUAGCAUCAAAUCCAUCAACUCCGCCAGCAUCAACUCCUUCACGUCAACUCCGUCAUCAGCUCCAUCAACUCCGCCAGUAUCAACUCCUUCAGUAUCAACUCCGUCAGCAUCAACUCCAUCAACUCCGUCAGCGUCAACUCCUUCGGCACCAACUCCGCCAGCAUCAACUCCAUCAGUGUCAACUCCAUCAACUAAGCCAGCGUCGACUCCAUCAAGUCCAUCAGCAUCAGCUCCAUCAACUCCGUCAGAAUAAACUCCAUCAACUCAGUCAGCAUCAACUCUGUUAGCAUCAAAUCCAUUAACUCCGUCAGCAUCAACUCCUUCAGUAUCAACUCCGUCAGCAUCAACUCCGUCAGCAUUAAUUCCUUCAGCAUUAUCUCCUUCAGCAUCAAUUCCUUCAGCAUCAAGUCCGUCAGCGUCAACUCCAUCAACUCCUUCAGUAUCAACUCCAUCAGCAUCAACUCCAUCAAAUCCGUCAGCAUCAACUCCUUCAGCACCACCUCCGCCAGCGUCAACUCCAUCAACUCCUUCGGCAUCAACUCCAUUAAAUCCACCAGCGUCAACUCCAUCAACUCCUUCGGCAUAAACUCCGUCAGCAUCAACUCCAUCAACUCUGUUAGCAUCACCUCCUCCAACACCGUCAGCGUCAACUCCGUCAGUGUCAACACUGUCAGCGUCAACUCCAUCAGCGUCAACUCCAUCAACUCCUUCAGCAUCAACUCCUUCAGCAUCAAUUCCUUCAGCAACAACUCCGUCAACGCCAACUCCAUCAACUCCUUCAGAAUCAACUCCAUCAACUCCGUCAGCAUCAACUCCUUUAGCACCAACUCCGCCAGCGUCAACUCCAUCAGCGUCAACUCCAACAACUCCUUUGGCAUCAACUCCAUUAACUCCCAUCGACUCCAUAAACUCAGUCAGCAUCAACUCCAUCAACUCCGUCAGCGUUGACUACUUCAGCAUCAAAUUCUUUAGCAUCGACUCUGUCAGCGCCAACUCCGCCAACAUCAACUCGUUCAGUAUCAACUCCAUCAGCAUCAACUCCUUCGGCAUCAACUCCGUCAGCAUCAAUUCCAUAAACUCCGUCACUAUCAACUCCUCCAACACCUUCAGCGUCAACUCCAUCGACUCCGUCAGCGUCAACUGCUUCAGCAUCAAAUCCUUCAGCAUCGACUCUGUCAGCGGCAACUCCGCCAGCUUCAACUCUUUCAGUAUCAACUUCGUCAGCAUCAACUCUAUCAACUCCAUCAGCGUCAAGUUCGUCAUCUUCAACUCCGUCAGCGUCAACUCCAUCAACUCCGCCAACAUCAACUCCUUUAGUAUCAACACCGUCAGCAUCAACUCCAUCAACUCCGUCACCAUCAACUCCAUCAACUCCGUCAGCACCAACUCAGCCAGCGUCAACUCCUUCAGUAUCAACUCCGCCAGCGACAACUCUUUACAACUCUCCAGCGUCAUCUCCUUCAACAUCAACUCCUUCAGCAUCAACUCCAUCAACUCCGUCAGCCUCAACUUCGUCACCUUCAACUCCGCCAGCAUCAACUCCAUCAACUCCGCCAGCAUCAACUCCUUCAGCGUCAACUCCGUCAGCAUCAACUCUUUCAGAGUCAACUCCGUCAGCGUCAACUCUUUCAGAGUCAACUCCGUCAACAUCAACUCCGUCAGCACCAACUCAGCUAGCGUCAUCUCCUUCAGCAUCAACUCCUUCAGCAUCGACUCCGUCAGCGCCAACUCCGCCAGCAUCAACUCCGUCAACUCCGUCAGCGUCAACUUCGUCAGCUGUAGAGUGAAGCUGUCAAGUUAG